GCAGAGGAGAUCAAGCUGGGAUCCAUGGCCGCUGUGAUGAUCUCCUUCAAGGCUAUUGCACUGGUGGCAGCACUCCUCCUCCCCGUUCUGGGCGCUCACGCCGAGCCGAGCUACAAUAACGUCACCUCCGCCCGCAGGGAGCUGUACUACUCCGCCGGCUCCACCCCCAGCAGCACCUGGCGGCCUGCCAGGGCCACCUGGUACGGUCGCCCCAACGGCGCCGGCCCUGACAACAACGGUGGCGGGUGUGGGUACAGCAACACCAACCAGUACCCGUUCAACUCCAUGACGUCGUGCGGCAACCAGCCCCUGUUCUUGGACGGCAAGGGCUGCGGCGCAUGCUACCAGAUAAGGUGCACCAGCAAGAACAACCCUGCCUGCUCCGGCGAGCCCAAGACGGUGAUCAUCACCGACGUGAACUACGACACCAAGGUCGCCCCCUACCACUUCGACCUCAGCGGCACGGCGUUCGGAGCCAUGGCCAGGCCCGGCUACAACGACAAGCUCCGCAGCGCCGGCAUCCUGGACAUCCAGUUCCGGCGGGUGCCCUGCAGCUACAGGGGCCUGCCGGUGAGGUUCCACGUGAUGGGCGGCUGCAACCCCUUCUACUUCGCGGUCAUCGUGUACUACGCCGGCAGCGACGGCGCCGUGGUGCAGGUGGAGCUGAAGGAGGCCAACUCCAACACGUGGCGGCCGCUCUACGAGUCCUGGGGCGCCGUCUGGAGGAUCGACCCCGGCCACCCGCUCAAGGCGCCCCUCUCGCUGCGCGUCCGCAGCGACUCCGGCAAGGUCCUCGUCGCUAACAACGUCAUCCCGGUCAACUGGAGGGGCAACGCCGACUACCGCACCAUUGCCCAGUUCCGCUGAACGCUCGCCGGCGGCAAUAGAUCACUCACAAUCAUCUGCUCGGCCGGUUCAUUACUUUUUGUAUCGUCGUCGAUCAAUCAUGUGAUUGCGAAUUUGCAGUGGAUUUUUCUUUACUGUCUUUGCGAGGUUUCUUGUGAGAUUAUUGUUGCUCCUACUUGCGAUUUGGAGAAUUAUUCUAGGUAAGUCUUGAGAAAAUUCUUUGUGCACCAUUGAAACCUAUAACAAUCCCUUCAUUGACAUCCAAAA